AUGUAUCUCGGGAGAGCUCCGAGAGCGGCAGCGAAAAGCCCCGCUCUUCCUCGGCGACCCGGCCUCCUCAGGGGUGCAGGGCCAACCCCGGCGCUGACGUCCGGCCGAAACGUCGCCUCAGCCCGCCGCCCCUCCAGCCCGGCGGAGCGGGGUCCGUCCCGAGACCAAGCGGCGCGCGAAGCAGGAAGUCCCGCCCCUACGCCGACGUCACCCACGCACGGACGCCGGCCGUGGCCGGAGCCGUUAGAGGGAAGAGGCUAAGGAACCCAGGCGGGAGCGGUCACUGGCAACGGCGGGCGUGGAGGGGCUCAGCCCCGGGCACUUGCCUCAAGGAGCCAGAGUGACGCGGGUCGUUGGCGCGGGAAGCUGGUCUCCCUGGCCUCCGCCCAAGGCAGCAUCUCUAGGGGUUUUACCCCUUUUCCCACCUCUCCUUACCUCUUCCCACACUCUUCUCUGAGGGCUUUGAUGGCCAUCCUGCAGCCACCUCCGUCCGCCAUCAUGCCUGUGCGUGCAGAUUUGCGGGCUUCCGAAGUCGCCUGCCUACCCCUCCUGCCUUGGGGCAUCAGCCCACGAGUGGACGGUCGGCCCAGCUUGCCACGAGGGAACUCUCAGGUCAGGACCAAUGGCCCAGGAGAGAAUCCCUCCCCGCCCCCGCACCUCCUGUUACAAAUCUCCUUACAUAGUUAUUCCAAAAUCGGGGCCCAAUUGGGGUCACAUGGUGAACCUCUUGUCUUGAGGCUGUCAACUAGCUGGAUGAGAGGGUACUAG